AUACAAGAACAACUUCAAAUCGAAUCUCUUUUUAAUUUGAGAACUUAUAUAUAUUUUUUAUUAAUCAUCCUCUUCGCCAUCAUUCUUCACGUAUCGAUGGAUUUUAGGGCUUUGAAUUUCGCAGGUUAUCUGUGUUUGUUCGCUUUGAUAAUACAAGUUUCUGAUAUAAGAGCUCUUAUCUCGAUGCCAGAUGUUAAUCGUCAUUAUCCUAAAGCGUUAACUGAUUUGAAGGAGGCUAUUGUUCAGGGAUUAGGGAGUCAAUCAGACAAUCUCAACUUAUUUGGGUUUGAUUUGAAGGGUGCUUUAGUAGCUCAAUCCAUGGAGUUUGAUCUACAGAUUGAUAACAAAAUUCUUCCAAUCAAAUUGUUGGACGAUGUAAACAAAUGGGAGUACGUCGAUUUGCCUACUUUCCUAGUGGAAGACCCGAUAAAAUUAUCCGGCGAGAAUCCACUUGUACAGAAGAAGCAGACUUCCGGCAACCGGUUGCCGAGUUUACCCCCAUUCCAGCUCGCCGGUCCGAUGGAGCUCUGGAUUCAAGACGCCAAGGACAUGAGACUCUUUCUGCCACAUGAUGUUGACGCCGGUGAGCUGAAGAAAGUAAUUCUAGCAGAAGGCGCGGUGGUGACAGUGAAAGGCGCCAAAUCCGUCAGCUUACGCCACCCUCUUGACCUCCCACUUCCUUUCAACAAAUCAAACACAAAUUUUGCUUCCGGUCUCCAGACACUUUCUGACCACCUCCGUACCGGAACCCAACUCCUCUCUCUCCGUAUCACAGGCCCCACAUCCCUCAAUUCUCCGGCGACACCAUCGCCGACUUUCAACAAGCUGAAGCUAAAGCGACUUGCUCCUGGUUUAGUCGAACUAUCCUCCAUCCCAAAGGUAAACACAAGCAAUUCAAUAUCCGCUAUCGAUGAUACCUUCUUUUCUCCCGGUCAUUUUCCCACUUUCUGGCCGGUGACAUCCAUUAAUGGGUCGAACUCAAACCUGCGUGGGCUAGAGAAGCUGCUUUCUGCACUCUUGACCUCCACCGGAAACAAUGGUGGUUCGUUUAAGCUUUUGAGAGCGGAUGUAUCUGCUCAGAUGUAUGUGAAGAUGGGUUUUGGGGCGGAGAAGAGGCUGAAGGGGAAUGAAUCGUUUUUGGAAGGGUAUCCGGAGUGGAGAAGUAAGCCGGAGAGUGUGAAGAUGGAGUAUGAGGUGUUGGCGAAGGUGGAGGGAGAGAAGUUUGUGCCGGAGACAAUAGUGGAAGUUGAGCCUGUUACGGUGGAGGAUACGGUGGCGCUCGGUGUUGCUAGAGGGAACAUUACGGUGUCGAAGAUGCCGAUUUUGAACGUCCCUUUUAGCCCGUUUGAUUUAUGAAGGUGUUUGAGUCAAGUCAAGUGUAUAUAUAAAAACAUGGUAUGAAAUGAAAUCUACACAGUAGAUGAAUUAGAAAAGUUUCUCCAAUUUUGAGGCCAUAUAUCAUAUCAUAUAGUAAUAUUUGUAAAUAAUAUAAAGUAUCUUUUUUCUUUCUCU